GUGAGGAUUGGAGUCAUCGUUCACUUCCUUUUCCUUUCGUCUCAACACUCGUGGACUCAGCGCUCAGUUAAUUGUCGUUUCAUUUGAUUGUCGACACAAUGGGACGAGUGAUCAGAUGCCAGCGUAAAGGUGCAGGGUCAGUGUUCAAGUGCCAUAACAAGCACCGCAAGGGCGCCCCUAAGUUCAGGGCCAUUGACUUCGCCGAAAGACAUGGAUAUAUCAAAGGAGUGAUUCGGGAGAUCAUUCACGACCCGGGAAGGGGUGCCCCCCUCGCACAGGUGGUCUUCCGCGACCCCUAUAAGUAUAAGUUACGAAAGGAGCUGUUCCUGGCUGCGGAGGGCAUGUACACUGGUCAGUUUGUGUACUGCGGCCGUAAAGCGACCCUUCAGAUCGGCAAUGUCUUGCCGGUCGGCACAAUGCCUGAAGGAACCGUUGUCUGCAAUCUGGAGGAGAAGGCCGGAGACCGCGGACGGAUUGCUCGCACGUCCGGCAAUUAUGCGACCGUCAUAUCGCACAACACCGACACCCGAAAAACACGCGUCAAACUGCCGUCGGGCGCCAAGAAAGUGGUUCCGUCGACCAACAGAGGAAUGGUUGGCAUCAUUGCUGGCGGCGGACGUAUAGACAAACCCAUUCUGAAGGCGGGUCGCGCUUAUCAUAAGUAUAAGGCGAAGAGGAACUGCUGGCCUAAAGUGAGAGGAGUGGCGAUGAAUCCGGUGGAACACCCUCACGGAGGAGGUAAUCACCAACACAUCGGACACGCGUCUACUGUAAGACGAGAUGCCAGCGCCGGAAGGAAAGUGGGUCUCAUUGCCGCCCGCCGUACGGGACGUAUCAGAGGAGGAAAGAAAGAAGUGAAGGACGACACCAAGUGAUGAUACAAUUAUUUGUUUUGAUAAAUACUGUACUAAUAGACAAAUAAACUUGAAAUCAAUAUAAGAA